AUGACAACUUUAACUUCCGCUAAACUAUGCUUCCUGCGUUAUUGCCUUGUCAUCUUGUUGUAUGUUUCAUCACCAAAUUGGGUUGCUUUUCCUUCUGCUACUUCUACUUCUCAUACUGAAGCAAAGGCUCUUCUCAAAUGGAAAGCCAGCUUAUUUCUAAAUCAAGCCCUAAAUAACCUCACCUGGUACAACCCUCCCACUCAUAAUAUUAAUGCCACCAAUUCUUCCAGCAGCAAUCCAAAACCAAAAACAAGCCCAUGCACUUGGACUGGUGUUUCAUGCAACUCAGCUGGAAGUGUCAGCACAAUAAACCUUUCCACUUGUGGUAUUCAAGGUACGCUACAUGAGUUUUCAUUCUUGUUCUUCCCUAAUCUUGAAUAUCUUAACCUUAGCUUGAACAAACUCUUUGAUGCCAUCCCACCUCAAAUCAGCUACCUCUCCAAACUCCACCAUCUUGAUCUCUCCCAGAAUCAGUUCUCUGGGAGAAUCCCACCAGAAAUCGGUCUCCUAAGAAAUCUUAGGUUUCUUCGUCUCUCAAAAAAUACUUUGUUGGGGGAAAUUCCUAAAGAGAUAGGCAACCUGAAAUCUCUUGGAUUUCUAGCAUUGUCCGACAACAAUUUAACUGGUCUCAUCCCUCCAAAUAUUGGUAACUUAAUAAAGCUGAACACUUUGUACUUGGGUAAAAAUUUACUUUCUGGUUUGAUUCCCAAGGAGAUAGGGAACUUGAAAUCUCUUGUAAAUCUAGAGUUGGCCUUGAAUCAACUCAAUGGUUCAAUUCCAGCCUCAUUUGCUAACUUGAGCAACUUGGAGAUCUUAUACCUAUGCAAUAACCAACUUUCCGGCUCCAUUCCUCAAGAGUUAGAGAAUCUCAAGAAUUUGACUCAACUGUACUGGGAUAUGAACCAAUUGUCUGGUUACUUGCCCCCAAAUAUCUGCCAAGGUGGAAAACUCACAUACUUUUCAGUAUUCAGAAACUAUUUUACUGGUCCAAUCCCCAAAAGCUUGAAAAAUUGCACAAGCUUAGUAAGAGUCCGCCUUGACCAAAACCAAUUGACGGGCAAUAUAUCUAAAGACUUCGGUAUUUAUCCGAAUCUUGAUUUUAUGAAUAUAAGCCACAACAACUUGUAUGGAGAAAUCUCACACAACUGGGGACAAUGCCCAAAGCUGACAGCCUUAGUAAUGGCAGCAAACAACCUUACUGGUAGCAUACCACCUGAGGUAGGCAACGCAACCCAAAUUCAUGUGCUGGACCUUUCUUCAAAUCAUUUAUUUGGGUUGAUCCCAAAAGAAUUCGAGAAGUUGUCUUCGUUGGUGAAGUUGAUGUUGAAUGGAAAUCAACUUUCGGGUCGUAUACCGUCGGAAUUCGGAUCAUUGAAUGAUCUUGAAUAUCUUGACUUGUCAACAAACAAAUUGAAUGAGUCAAUUCCGAGCAUUCUAGGUGACUUGUUCAAAUUGCACUACUUGAAUUUGAGCAACAACAAGUUGGUUCAAGCAAUUCCAUUGGAGUUGCAGAAGUUAGUUCAAUUGACCGACCUCGAUUUAAGUCAUAACUCUCUUGAAGGUAGCAUACCAUCAGCAAUGAGCAAUAUGGAGAGUUUGGUGACGCUCAAUCUUUCCCACAACAAUCUUUCGGGUUCCAUACCAUCAAGUUUCGAAGAGAUGCACGGCUUGUCGUACGUUGACAUAUCCUACAAUCACUUGGAAGGUCCCCUUCCCAAUAUCAGUGCAUUUCGAGAAGCUCUUCCAGAAAGAUUGAAAAGGAACAAAGGAUUGUGUGGCAAAGUUGGAGCUCUGCUGCCACCCUGCAAUGCACAUGGCUCAAAAAAGGACCACAAAGUCAUAUUCUCUGUUCUAGCCGUAUUUGUACUUCUAUCUGCUUUCUUUACAAUUGUCUUUAUAAGACAUCGGAAUAUUGUGAAGCUCUAUGGUUUCUGUGCACAUAAACGACACUCGUUUUUGGUGUAUGAGUAUCUUGAAAGAGGUAGCUUGGCCGCAAUGUUGAGCAAAGAUGAAGAAGCUAAAAAGUUGUGGUGGAGUAAAAGGGUGAAUAUUGUUAAAGGCUUAGCUCAUGCCUUGUCUUACAUGCACCACGAUUGCUUGCAACCGAUUGUACAUCGUGACAUCUCAAGCAAGAACAUUUUGUUGGAUUCUGAAUAUGAGGCCUGUGUUUCAGACUUUGGCACUGCUAAGUUUUUAAAUCCAGACUCAACUAAUUGGACUGCCACUGCAGGCACAUAUGGCUACAUGGCACCAGAGCUUGCUUACACAAUGGAAGUGAAUGAGAACUGCGAUGUUUAUAGCUUUGGCGUGGUCACAUUGGAAAUAAUUAUGGGAAAGCAUCCUGAAGAUCUUUUCUCAUCUUUUUUAUCAGUCUCUUCAUCCUCCUCCUCCUCCUCAUCUGCAUUACUAGCCCAUCAAAUACCAAUUGUGGAUGUUUUGGACCAACGCAUUUCCCCUCCUACGCAUCAAGUUGCAAGCGAAGUGGUCUCUCUUGUGAAGAUAGCAUUUUCAUGCUUGAAUUCCAGCCCGAAAUCUCGUCCAACAAUGAAACAAGUUUCUCAUUUCCUCUCAACUCAGAUGCUGCAUUUGUCGAAGCCGGUACAUAUGAUGACAUGUCGUGAAUUGCUUGCUCUUGAUCCUUUGGCUACCUGAUCAGAAUGUGCUUCUUUCUUAUGCACAUUUCACUU